AACGUGAGACACUCGGAAACGCUAUUGGCGUCGGCGAUAGCGGUUCCACGGGAAGGGGAGGAAUCCGCGCGCAGCUGGGUUGAGAAGAUGGACGAAAUGUUGCUGUGAGAAUGUCAGGAGGAUUCAGACCGAUCUGUUUAAGACAGGGAAAAAAAAGUCCAAAGAAUUAUGGGUUGCGGCGUGCAGAAGCCACGCCGCAAGCAAAGUGACACAGUGAGCAUUUGCGUUCCAGGUAAAUGUGAUUUCUUUCCAUCACAUCUGUUGUUAAGAUAAACAUGUUUGAUAUGAAAUUUGACUCCACUUUACACGCUCUGCGAAGCUGCUACAGCAAUCAGAGCGGCCGUGUUGAUCCAACGCUGGUACCGUCAGUACGUCGCCCGGCUGGAGAUGAGGCGCAGAUGCACGUGGAACAUCUUCCAGUCCAUAGAAUACGCCGGAGAGCAAGACCAGAACAAGCUUUACAAUUUCUUUGGCUUCUUGAUGGACCACUUCACCCCGCCCAGCGGCGAGCGAAGCCCAAUAUCGCCCGUCUUCCGUGAGAACGACACCUGCCGCGAUACGGAAGGGGAGCGAUACAUUUGCCGCUGGGCCGUCGAGGUGCCCGACGGUUACACGGGCCCGCGGCUGACCUUUCCCAUGACAUUCUGUGGCGUGUCCAAGCUGGUGGAGGCGUUCAAGCAGAGACAAAAGCUACAUGCGUGCUACGUUCUGCAGCUUCUUGGGGAGACUUGGAGACUGCUACAAAUUCUCCCAAAUAUCAACCAUAUCUCCUUCUGCCAUACCAGAGAGAUAACCAUAUGCGGGGAUUUACAUGGCCACCUUGAAGAUCUACUGCUGAUAUUCUACAAGAACGGAUUGCCUUCCUCUGAGAAACCAUACGUAUUCAACGGCGAUUUUGUGGAUCGAGGCAAAAACUCGUUAGAGAUCCUGCUCAUCCUGUUCGGGUUCCUGCUGGUCUACCCCAACAACAUCCAUCUGAAUAGGGGCAAUCAUGAGGACCACAUUGUGAACCUGAGGUGUUCUUCGAGGUAUGGAUUCACCAAAGAAGUUGUGGGAAAAUACAGGGUACAUGGCAAAAAGAUCCUGAAGCUCCUUCAGAAGAUCUUCAGCUCACUGCCUCUAGCAACCAUGGUGGAUCACAAAGUCUUGAUUGUGCACGGAGGCAUCUCUGAAUCCACAGACCUUAACGUGAUAGCCAGACUGGACAGACACAAAUAUGUCUCAACCCUGAAGCCUCCCAAGCAAAGCUUUCACACCACCAACAGUAGGAUGGCGGACUCUGACGGUCUGGUGGAAAGUCGACCUCGACUUCGUUCCCUGCCAAUCCAGAGCCCGACUUCAACCAGAAGGCACGAUUUCCCACGUCGCUCACUCCAACACCCGCCCGUGAGUGAGCAACUCUACUGGUCAGUGGAAAAGGAGCUGAGGAAGAGGCGCAAACAGGCAGGUUUUGACCAGUCGUAUGGAGAUAUGAAGAUGUCCGCCUCCGACCAAAACCUGGACACUGGAACAGAUAACCAUGAGUGGAAACAAAUAGUGGACAUAUUGUGGAGCGACCCGAUGCCCCAGAAUGGCUGCAUCCCCAAUAAGUUGCGAGGCGGCGGCUGCUACUGGGGUCCAGAUGUCACAAAGAAUGUUCUCGGACGCCACGACCUGCAGCUCCUCAUCCGUUCGCACGAGUGCAAACAAGACGGCUACGAGUUCUGCCACGAUCGUCGGGUUCUGACCAUAUUCUCAGCUUCCAACUACUACGAAGUGGGCAGUAACAGAGGAGCCUACAUCAGGAUGGGCCCCAAUCUAAACCCUCACCUGGUUCAGUAUCAAGCCAGCAGCACGUGCAUAGAUCUGACACUGCGACAAAGUGUCAGCUGGACAGAGAGGUCGGCCUUGCAAGCGCUGCGGCAACAACUCUUUGUCCAUAAGUCAGAUCUCAUCAGCGCCUUCAAAAAGUUUGAUCCCGACAGCACAGGUCUGAUCUCCACGAAGGACUGGGCCAGUGCCACAGAGAGCAUUCUGAAGCUGGGUCUACCCUGGAGGGUCCUGCGGCCUCAGCUGGUCAGCGGUACCCAGCAAGGCAUGGUGGAAUACCGGCAAUGGAUCGGGGAGCUCUCCCUGAGAGAGCCUCACCUGGAGAUCUCAGACACCAGCAUCCUGGAGAUCAUGUACAAGAACCAUUCCAACCUUGAAACCAUCUUCCGGAUUAUAGACACAGAUCACUCAGGUCUAAUCUCACUGGACGAAUUCUGUCAGACCUGGAAACUGUUGAGCUCUCACCUCAAGAUGGAGAUCAGCGACAAAACCGUAGCAGACUUGGCCCAGAGCAUCGACUUUAACAAGGACGGGGUCAUCGAUAUCAAUGAAUUCAUGGAGGCGUUCCGCUUAGUGGGCAUUUCAGGACACAAGUAGACAUGGGGUGGUGGCCUCAACGUAAAUGUUUGAGCCGAGUAUACCUGAAAACUUUGGAGGACGCAUUUGAUGGACAUUACAAGGGACACUGAUGCAAGCCUUACAGUCUGGACCACCCCCCCCCGGCCCCCUUCUUGUUUUUAACUGACUUUGUUCAACUGGGUCCACUCUGUCUUUUAGUCAUGUGCAUAUGGAUUUCGAACAGUUACUGGACAGUAUUUUUAAAAAAACUUAACAGUGGUGUCAACAGCUUUAUGAUGUUAUGAAGGGCAUUAAAUAAAUUAGUUCGCACA